AUGCCUGCUGGCAGCGAUAAGGCGGAGCCGGAGCGGGGCCUGCCCCGAGGGGCGGGGUUGGUAGCCGACACUGGGCGGGAGCGUAACCCCGCGGGUUGCAAGACACUAAACUCAGCUCACACCGCACGGCAAUCGACAAGCGCGGGUCUGGCGGAGCGCAGUGGCGCGCAGAGACCGCGAGGCGACCGGGAGCGGCUGGGCCCCCGGCGGCGCGCCCCGCGGCCCAGCCGGGAACCGCGCCAGUCGGAGCCCCAGGCCCAGUGCGGCCCGCCUCCCUCUCAGCGACCCUCCGUCAAGAGUGCAGCCAGCGGACAUGUCCGAUCCACCCGGGGCACCCCCGCCGGCGCUCGCCGACCGCGGGUGAAGAAGAAAGUCCGGCCUCGCUCUGCCCGAAGCGAAGAGGUGACCCGGAGCGAAGAGGUGACAGGGAACGAAGAGGUGACUCGAAGCGAAGCCGUUACUCAGAGCGAAGCGCAGGUCCAGAGCGAAGAAGUGACUCAGAGCGAGGAAGUGGCCUGGAGCGAGGAAAUGGCGACAGCCGGGCUCAGCGUGACUGUCACCCACCGCAAUGAGAAGCAUGACCUUCAUGUUACCCCACAAGAGGGCUGUAGUGAACCACUUGUCCAAGACCUGGCCCGAGUUGUUGAAGAGGCCACAGGAGUCCCGCUGUCUUUUCAGAAACUCAUAUUUAAGGGAAAAUCUCUGAAGGAAAUGAAACAGCCAUUAUCAGCAAUUGGAAUACAAAAUGGCUGCCGGGUCAUGUUAAUUGGGAAAAAGAAUAGUCCAGAGGAAGAGGUUGAACUGAAGAAGUUGAAAGAUUUGGAGAAGUCUGUGGAAAAGAUAGGUAACCAACUAGAAGAAUUAAUUAAAGAACUUGCUGGAAUUCAGCAGGGUUUUCUGGCCAAAGAUUUGCAAGCUGAAGCUCUUAGCAAACUCAACAGGAGAGUAAAAGCCACAAUUGAGCAAUUUAUGAAGAUCUUGGAGGAGAUUGACACACUGAUUCUGCCAGAAAAUUUCAAAGAUAGUAGACUGAAAAGAAAGGGUUUGGUGAAAAAGAUUCAGGCAUUUCUAGCUGAGUGUGACACAGUGGAGCACAACAUCUGCCAGGAGACAGAGCGACUGCAGUCUACAAACUUGGCACUAGCCGAGUGAGGUGAGGCGGGAGAGGCUCUGAAGAACAGCACUACCGGCUCUUCCCUCACUGGAACAGAAGUCACCUGAUUUCUCCAGGGUUGUGGGGGUCAAUUGGGUGAUUGCCAGUUUUCUUACUGCCACACUUAUUCUCAAUGAACAAGUAUUGUCUUUGCAACCUUAA